CAUGUUCCACUGACAGUUGCCUCUGGAAGGAUCUGGAAUGCACCUGAAGCUCCCAGGACUUGAAGACAGACCUCCAAAGACUUGGAUCAGGCAGAUCCCAAAUGUGGCAGCUUUUAGCAGCAGCAUGCUGGAUGCUUCUUCUUGGAUCUAUGUAUGGUUAUGAUAAGAAAGGAAACAAUGCAAACCCUGAAGCUAAUAUGAAUAUUAGCCAGAUUAUUUCUUACUGGGGUUAUCCUUAUGAAGAGUAUGAUGUUACAACAAAAGAUGGUUAUAUCCUUGGAAUUUAUAGGAUUCCACAUGGAAGAGGAUGCCCAGGGAAGACAGCUCCAAAGCCUGCUGUGUAUUUGCAGCAUGGCUUAAUUGCAUCUGCCAGUAACUGGAUUUGCAACCUGCCCAACAACAGCUUGGCUUUCCUUCUGGCAGAUAGUGGUUAUGACGUGUGGUUGGGAAACAGCCGAGGAAACACUUGGUCCAGAAAACACCUUAAAUUUUCACCCAAAUCACCAGAAUACUGGGCCUUCAGUUUGGAUGAGAUGGCUAAAUAUGACCUUCCAGCCACAAUCAAUUUUAUCAUAGAGAAAACUGGACAGAAGCGACUCUACUACGUGGGCCACUCACAAGGCACCACCAUAGCUUUUAUAGCAUUUUCUACAAACCCAGAACUGGCUAAAAAGAUUAAGAUAUUUUUUGCACUGGCUCCAGUUGUCACAGUUAAAUACACCCAAAGUCCAAUGAAAAAACUAACAACCCUUUCCAGGCAAGUAGUCAAGGUGUUGUUUGGUGACAAAAUGUUCCACCCUCAUACAUUGUUUGACCAAUUCAUUGCCACCAAAGUGUGCAAUCGGAAGCUAUUCCGUCGUAUUUGCAGCAACUUCCUAUUUACUCUGAGUGGAUUUGAUCCGCAAAACUUAAAUAUGAGUCGCUUGGAUGUUUAUUUGUCACACAAUCCUGCGGGAACAUCUGUUCAGAAUAUGCUGCACUGGGCUCAGGCUGUUAAUUCUGGUCAGCUCCAAGCUUUUGAUUGGGGAAACUCUGAUCAGAACAUGAUGCACUUCCACCAGCUUACACCUCCCUUAUACAACAUUACUAAGAUGGAAGUUCCAACAGCAAUAUGGAAUGGUGGACAGGACAUUGUGGCUGAUCCCAAGGAUGUCGAAAAUUUACUUCCUCAAAUUGCCAACCUUAUUUAUUACAAGCUGAUUCCACACUACAAUCAUGUGGAUUUUUACCUUGGAGAGGAUGCACCUCAGGAAAUUUACCAAGACCUAAUUAGAUUGAUGGAGGAAUAUUUACAAAAUUAAAUGCACUUUCCUUUCUCUAAGCAAGUGGAUUUUCAUAAUAAUAAUGAGAUGAACAGACACUAGAGUGAUCCCCAGUGAUUUCCAUCUUCUAGUAUCUAUGCCUUUGUAUAAUCUCCCCUUCAAUGUUGGUGGGAUAUGAGACUUCGUUCAAGCCAACAGAACUGGCAAAGGUGUAAGAUGUCACACCCUUGAUUAGGUUUUGUCAUAUGGAAAAGGUAAUAAAAUGUCAAUCCCUGAUUACAUUAUACAAGAAGUCGGCCAGGCUUGGUGGCUCACGCCUGUAAUCCCAGCACUUUGGGAGGCCGAGGCUGGAGGAGCACUUGAGGUCAGGAGUUCCAGACCAGCCUGGCCAACAUGGUAAAACCCUGUCUCUACUAAUAAUACAAAAAUUAGCCGGAUGUGGUGGCACGCACCUGUAAUCCCAGCUUCUUGUAAGGCUGAGGCAGGAGAAUCGCUUAAACCCAGCAGGCAGAGGUUGCAGUGAGCCAAGAUCACGCCACUGCACGUCGUCUUAGCAGAUUGGAGCAAAAGAUUCUCCUUGUUAGCUUGAUGGAAUAAACAGAUAUGUUGAGAAAACUGACCUUACAAGGAACUGAGCACAGCUUUUAGAAUCUGAGGGUGGCCUCCAGCUGAUAAAACAGCAAACACCAAGGCCUUCAGUCACAUAACCACAAGAAAAUGAAUUCUGCCCAAGCCUGAAGAAACUUGGAAGCCCAUUCUUCCCUAGCAACCUCCCAUUGAGAGAGCAUCCUGGCCAACACCUUGAUGGUAACGUGGGGAGAUCCUGAGCAGAGGACCCAGUUAUGCCAUGCCUGGACUACUGACCCACAGAAACAGUGAGAUAAUAAAUGUAUAUUGUUUUAAACUGCUAAGUUUGUGGUAAUUUGUUAUCAGCAAUAGUAAACUACUACUACUAUUUGUUAUUGUUAUAUAACAAUUAUAUUAAUUAUAUGUUUGAUUAUAUUAAUUACAUAACAAUAUGAUAUAGAUUUUAUAAUUAUAUU